CAGUUUGUUGUUGGCGGAAAAGCUCCGGAAAGUCUGAACAAGUUAUUUACUUUAGCCGCAGCCUGAGCGACAUUUAAGUCGGUUUAAUAUUUGGCCGGUAAUGAAAUAGCUCGUAUCUAUUUGGCGAUUUUAUAAAUCACUCAUUUGAGAAACUGUCGCAUUUUAUAGCCAACUAAAGCGAUGGAGUUUUCUCCGGUCUGCACUGAGGGCAUCAGCACAGACGGCUGUAUCAUCAAAUCCGACAGAAGUCACAGGAAAAGCAAACUGUCAAGGGAUGUUGAGAUGGAUAUCGAGUUUCUCUACAAAGCUGUUCCUCAGCUGGCCAAGGUUUUCCGCAUUGUAGACAAAAUUGGAGAAGGUACGUUCAGCUCGGUGUACUUGGGUGAGGCACAGAUGCGAGACGGGAGGAGAGAGAUGUUCGCCCUGAAGCACCUCAUCCCCACCAGCCAUCCGACGCGCAUUGCUGCAGAGCUUCAGUGUCUCACUGUUGCGGGAGGCAGAGAGAAUGUGAUGGGGGUGACAUACUGCUUUAGGAAGGAGGACCAUGUGGUGAUUGUAAUGCCCUACAUGGAGCAUCAAGCUAUUGUGGACAUCAUUGGGUCGCUAAGCUUUGAAGAGGUCCGACUUUACAUCUACCACCUGUUAAAGGCCUUAAAACAUAUUCACCAGUUUGGUAUCAUUCACCGGGACAUAAAACCAAACAAUUUCCUCUACAACAGGAACAGCAAAAUGUUUGCUCUUGUGGACUUCGGCCUGGCUCAGGGUACAGCUGACACCCAGAUCGAGCUGCUGAAGGUGGUGAAGCAGAGGUCAUCACAGAAAGGUGGAGGGUCCACGGGGAAACAAGAGGCCGCUCAGCGGAGCAAAGCACCUUGUAAACUCCCUCACAAAACCACCACCACAGCCUCAACCCCACUAUCUCCACCUCCUGGGCAGUCGGUAGCCCUGCCACCUUCCUCCUCCUCUUCCUCCACCACCACUUCCUUUUCAGUCUCUCGAAAAGUACUGGUUAAAAAAGCACGAUCUGUCGCUACCACCAUCACCACCGCCGCCUCCUCUCGCACAAAGCACACAAAGGAUCUGGCAGCACUACGCAAAGUGCCACGGCCUGUGUUCGGAGAGAGGAACCUGAACAGCUGCACACCUGCUCCCUCCACCACCAAACAAGCUGCCAUUAAAACAGAACUGGUAAUGCCCAGCAGACCAGAGGAUCCAGCCGGACGAAGGUACUCAUCAGCCACCAGGUUCCCGCCACCAGUCAAGACUCAGAGCAGCAGUCAGAAACCUCAAAGGACAGUCCAGCAGGGCCUCACCUGUAACUGCUACAUGACUGACCGUGUCUGCAACAUCUGCAUGUCCAGGAAGCAGCAAGUGGCACCCAGAGCUGGAACACCAGGAUUCAGAGCUCCAGAAGUCCUCACAAAGUGUCCCAACCAAGGAACAGCCAUAGACAUGUGGUCAGCUGGUGUGAUCCUGCUCUCACUUCUGAGUGGCCGUUAUCCGUUCUUUAAAGCCAGCGAUGAUCUGAUUGCUCUCACUCAGAUCAUGACCAUACGAGGCUCUAGAGAGACAAUCCAGGCAGCUAAGUCGUUUGGUAAAGCGGUAGUGUGCAGCCGGGAGCUCCCUCGACAGGACCUCAGGACGCUGUGCGAGACACUCAGGGGACGGAGGCCGUCGCCAGACGAUGAAGUCACACCAGUUCCUGAAGCCGCCACCCGUCAUCACAAGAUCCAAGAUGACACACCCACACACCGUCCCGUUGAGGGAACAUUUAAGCAGCACGAUGAUGGAGCAGGAGAAACUCUCUCUUCUAAGCUUGCAAACCACCAGAAACAGUCGCAAGCCGCAAAUCGUCUCACAGAACAGAACUCGGUAACAGAUGGGAAGGUGGAGGAAGAUGAGCGGGGCUGGGACAGCGUUCCUGACGAGGCCUACGACCUGCUGGACAAGCUGCUGGACCUGAACCCUCACACCAGAAUCACAGCUGCUGAGGCGCUGCAGCAUCCACUGUUCAAGGAGCUUUGAAACAUCGUGGAGCAUCACAGGAGAACAGAACUGUGUGGCUUCUCUGGGUGUAGUUCAGAUUUAGAAAGGCGACGUGUGUCAUUGUUUCCACAGACCGGAGGAGUUCAUUGCUCACUGCAAAGCUUCCUCUCCCCUUAACCCUCUUCAGAACUUUAUAGUUACGAUGAAUACAAACAUUCAUGCAACACAGGUUUGACUUCACUGUUCACAGGUUGAACUUCAGUGAAAAUGUGUUAUUUUUAUGGCAGCUAUGGCUACUGAGCCUGUCAAAGAGCUCUAGUAUUGACCUAAAGCUUUACAUUGUCGGUUCUGUAAAUCGUGUUAAACUCAGGCAACAGAUAUUUUAUAUUCUUAUUUGUCUGAAUCUCGUUUGUAAAGAGGAAAUAGUCCUCAUGUUUAUAAUCCUCACUGCUGCCAUAACACCAUAUUACUGCUACAUUAAGGGACUAUUCUGUACCUAUGAAAGGGUUUUUAAUUUGAACAUAAACACUUGAACUCCAUCUGUUGUCUAUGAAUGUGGCUGUACACGUCCCUGUUCCAGCUGAAAGCUGAACAAUUUGCCUCCAUUUUAGAUUUCCUAAUAAAGGCAAAAAAAUAUAUAAGUAUCAGCCAUUUAAUUUCUAUGGUUUAUGCCUGUUUAAAUUAUUAUUAAAUACAAAGUAUUGAUAGCAGCAAUCAUUCAAGAAUAAUGAAACACUCAUUUUAAAGUGUUAUGAAGUGUGAAUUUAAUCAUUUGCUUCAUAAAUGUGUUAAAAAUAAUCAGAACAUUGCGAUUGUAAUUGCUCUGGGGGCAUAUUACUGAACAGCAAGAAAAUAUUCCACUUGUUAGAAUAAACGGUACAAGAAUUAACGCUUCAUUUACCUGUGUGUACAAAAGUUUGAAAAAUUUAUUACAGAGAUGAUACAAGCGUCACAGACAUUUAGAUAUUUUUUUAUAGACAAUGUUUGCAACAUUUUACAGUUUUACAUAAUUCUAAACACUCAGAUGAAUGCUGCUGAGACAACCUGAAAUAUGAAACAUUAGAAGUGCAUGGCUCAAAGAAAAAAAAUGCAUCUACAUGCUUUGUGAUGCUGCUUUGUUUUUGAACAAGUAAAUCAGCGGUUGAAGGCUCUUUUUGUUUGCUCGGCCCUGAGACGACGAGGAUCUGUGGCUGCUCAUCUCACUUUAUGGAUCAUCUUUCACUUGAACGAGCUCCUCUAUUCGUACCAACACGCUCUCGAUCAUGUCAAACGUGUGCAGGGCCGAGUGCAGAGCCUGUAAGGACCCAUUCAAAUUCAGUCAGGUCAUCACAGCGCUCUUCAUGAGGGCUCUACACACACAUACAGUCAAGUGCCGGUCAACUGAACACAAAACUGACCUGAAUCUGCGACUCUGACGUCAUGCUGGGCAGCUUCUCAUCACCGACAGACACAGAAAGCACCGAUUCCUCCUCUGUGGAAAACAUAGAAUAGCUUUAUUGCUAAAAUACAUUUUUUUCCCACAUUUUCAAACUUUAAAACGGGUCAAUUUUGACCCGCAGGACGACACGAGGGUUAAGAGUGGCUCUUGUGUAAGGUGACCAUGUUAGCAAAAGAAGACCUUAAAAAUGAAACCAGCUUCAUGAUCACAGCAUUUAUGGUGUGCAUAUUUUUUAUGUUGACCUGAAUGUACUGGUAUUGGUCUGACCUUUGGCCUUCUUCUUCUUCUUGGCCUCCAUGGUGUUGUGCAUCUCCCUCUCAUAGUGAGCUCUGGACAUGUUUAUCCCGACGCGCAGGGGCUUCAUGAAGGAAUCCUCUAUUUUAUAAAGCUCUGUCCAGAUCCCCGUCUGCAAGAUCAACACCAGCAUGAAAAUAAGCGUAGCUGCCUACAUGCUACAUGCUACAUGCUACACAUACGCUCUGGAAAUGAGAGACUUGUAGUCCAGUAGAGUCACAUCAAGUCAGACUUUUUUUUUAUACUGCAUGUUUAAAACAACAGACAGAAGGUAAACAGUACAAAUUCAUGUAACUACUAGGGACUAAUAGAGCUGGAUGGGAUUUUGUUUGCAAGUUUUCAAAUGUCAUUUCAAGUUAUUUUUUUUAGCGGCACUGACAAAAUUGCAUUCACCCCAAGGUCUUUUAAAAACAUGAUGUUCAGUAAAUGUUCGGCUUAACACUCCUGCUGUAAGACUGAAGGCUACACCUACCUGGUUCUCUGUUACUUUGUCUCUUAUAACCAGGUAACGCAGCAGGUUCAGAGACUCCAUGAUUCUGUAGAAAGUCAAGUCAGCAUUAUUUAAAUAGCCCGUUUAAAACAACAAAUGUUAACCCAGCAUGCUUUCUAACAAGUUUAAAUAUUAACGUUAAAGCACUACGCUAUCCAAGUUAAUCCUGGCUCGAUUUAACUCGAAUGCUGGCUGGAGGUCAUUAAGUGGCACAGAAGACUUUAGAAGAAGUUUUACUGAUAUAUAUGUAGUCACUUUAGAUAUUUUUAGGAUUUUUUUGGAAGAUUUUUACUCUUUUUUAGAAAAUAUUUACAAAAUUGUCAUGCCAAAUUGGGGGAUUUUUUUUUUU